GCAUCCGUCCACUGGUGCUCAAAUGGGUAACUGCGAGCACAGCAGACUGAAGUGAAGCGCCAAGUAAGACUGGGUCCCCUUUCUGAACAUCACCAUGGGAUGGCUCUGACCGCUGCAGAGAAACUUGCAUCUGCUCCCCAAGUGCAAGUGCUCAGUAUGCGGAUAGACCUUGCAGCUGCGCGGACUGACUGAGAGCAGUUUAGAACGCUUUUUAUCAAUUUUUCUCUUUCCCCUGGAGGAUUGCCCCUUCCUUCAGUGACAAUGGAAACUGAGUCAUCCCUUUGAUUGCCUGUGCCCCACUCUACCCCCAACAGGUUCUGUGAUGUUGGACUGGAGGUUAUCUUGUCUUCUUCUGCAGGCAGCUGUUCUGCUGCUGCUCAGCAAGGGGGAGAGGAUGUGCCCUGCGAGUUGUCGCUGUGAAGGAAAAAUUGUUUAUUGCGAGUCCGGCAUCUUCCAAGACAUUCCAAUAAACAUCACGACGGGGUGCCAGGGUUUGUCUCUGCGCUAUAACAACCUGCUGGUUCUGUUGCCGUACCAGUUUGCUCAUCUCAAUCAGCUCAUCUGGCUUUACUUGGACCACAACUCCCUCCACAGUAUAGAUGCUUUAGCCUUUCAUGGCGUGCGCAGGCUGAAGGAGCUGAUUCUAAGCUCCAACAAACUAAGCUUUUUGCACAACAACACAUUCAGUGCCAUACCAAACCUGAGAAAUUUGGACCUAUCUUAUAAUCAGCUGCAGUUCCUACAGCCAGGCUACUUCUAUGGACUGCGCAAGCUGCAGAAUCUCCACCUCAGAUCAAACGGACUAAAACAGAUUCUCAUUCGCACGUUUCUGGAAUGCCGCAGCUUGGAAUUUUUGGACUUGGGUUAUAACCGCUUGCGUAGCCUCACUCGCACCACGUUUAUGGGGCUUUUUAAGCUAAGAGAGCUACAUUUGGAACAUAAUCAAUUCUCGCGGAUUAAUUUCUAUAUUUUCCCACGCCUUACCAACCUCCAGGCUCUCUAUUUGGCAUGGAACCGCAUCCGGUCAAUAGGCCAAGGGGUUCCUUGGACCUGGCCAAAACUGCAGAAACUGGACCUUUCUGGGAAUGAAAUCCAAACACUGGAGCCAGAUGUUUUCCGCUGCAUGCCAAACUUGCGAACACUUAACCUAGAAACAAACAAGCUGAGCAGCGUUCCUGUGGAAGUUGUGGAGGCGUGGACCUCCUUGACCACCAUCAGCCUGGCAGGCAACACCUGGGACUGUAGUCCCAGCAUCUGUCCUCUUAUGAGGUGGCUCCGGACCUUCAGGGACCCCAAAGACAUUAACAUGAUUUGUAGCGGUCCCAAGGAUACGCAGGGCGAAAGGGUGGUGGAUGUGGUGAGGAAUCACUCUACAUGUGUGGACGUGGCAAACAUGUUCUCAACCACAACUGUGGUUGUUCUGAGCUCAACCCAAGCUGUGAGUGUCACAGUUUGGCCAGCUCCCCCUGGAGUUACGAACCUGACUUAUCCAUCACCACCGUCACAGAAAUCAACGCUUUCCCCUGUGAGUCCUGCUGGGACACAUAUAAAGAUGACCGAACCCACCACCCUGAGCUCUACAUCUCCUUUUUCUGCUGAGACCUCCACCUCAUUUAUUCCAGAGCUGCAGUUUGAACAUAUGGCUUUCCAUAAAAUCAUUGCGGGCAGCGUAGCCCUGUUCCUGUCAGUAGCAUUGAUCCUACUGGUUAUUUACGUCUCAUGGAGGCGCUACCCCAACACCAUGAGGCAGCUGCAGGAGCACUCAGUCAACCAUAAGCGCAGGAAAAAGGCCCGCAAGCAGGAGCAGGACCUGAACUCUCAGCUGCAGGAGUACUAUCUGACUUAUCACUCCAACUCGGAGGCGCUGGACUCCUUGGUAAAUGAGAGCAGGCCGUGCACGUGCACUAUUUCAGGAUCCAUAGAAUGUGAGGUGUGAGUGCUCCGCCUUUAAGAGACAUACAGUCUCAUUUCCAAGCAGAGAUAAAUGGAUUUUAUUUAUCUCUGUGGAAGAUAAGGCGGCUUUAUCUCUGAUGCACACAGAUAGUCUGUAGCAGUGAAGGAAAUACUUGGGGGUUUGGUACAAUAAUUUGCACAGAAAGGAUGAGUUGACUGGAAAGAUAUAUUUGGAGCUAAUUAUCACCCUGACUGACAUGGGAAGAGUGGUUGGAUUAGCUGUGUAUGAUCCAAAAUCAUGACAGGACAUCGCUUCAGUACAAAUGGGCUCUGCAGAGAGACUGACCUUGUUCUUUGUCAGAGCAUACUCUCAUGGACCAGCAUGGCUGCUGUCUUUUCUUACUCAUCUUGUCCUUAUCAUGUAGUUUGUAACGCAUUUAGGACAUAUGUGUUCUCUGUGAGUUUGUACGUGUGCGAGUGCGUCUUGUUGCCAUCUGGUCAGACAAGUAACAGCUCUGCACCUUUUCUCACAGAUAACAUUAGUCCGGUUGAGUUAUUCCACAGUUGGCAGACAGUCUCAGCUGUUGCAGUGCCACAAAAUGUGUGUGUGUAUGAGAUGGAGGGGGGGCAAUCACAAAGAGAGCAUCAUUUGCAUGAAGCCACUCUCCUUAUUAAAGAUGCUUCUCUUUCAUGGAAGAGGAUCUGUCUCAAUGGAUAAAAGAAAAUUAGUACAUUUCAGUUUGUAUCGUCAUAAUCGACCCAAAUGAGGAAUAUUUAAAGCUCAUGAGACUAACCUCAGGACUGAAAUGUACAAAUGUGUCAGGGCCAGUUAAGGCCUUGUGUGACUGUGUGUGUGAGUGUGAGAAAAGUAAUUGCAUUAAUUUUCAUAUCAAGUUUUGUAUUUGUUAUUCCUGUCGUUAUAUUUAUGCAUUGUUUGUGUAAAGGUAUAUUGAUAUAUGUGUUUUGGACUGUACAAAUUAAAAAAAACACAGUU